AGUCUUUCCUCCCUACAUCCCGAUCCCCCUCGGCCAUGAUGAGUGACACUGUAUCCGGCCAAGCUCGGCCGGCUCACCCCGACAGACAGCUAGCAAAGGGCCGCGGCGCCGCCGACGGUCAAGCAGGUGGCAGGUCAGUUCGCCGUCGGACGAGGGCCUCCCGAAGGGCUCCGACGACCAUGUUUGACACUGACGCCGCCAAUUUCCGCGCGAUGGUGCAGCAGUUCACCGGCCUUCCUUCCGUCCCGUACGCGACCGGCGGCGGAGGCUACAACAGCUAUAUCCCCGAGCCGUUUCUGUAUAAUCAACCGGCGCAGCAGAGGAGCUUCAUGUCCUUCGGGCCGUCGCAUUCGCAGGAAGAGCAAUAUCAGAGCUACAAUUCGGAUCAUAAUAUCGUUACCGCAAUGACUGCUGGCGGUGGUUAUUCCAACAAUAAUGAUGCUGCAGUCUUUCUACAGGGCCUGGCCGCCAAUUACGGCACGAAUUUUGGUGAGGCUGAUGGGGUGUUCUUCCGCCAAGCUCCCACCAAUUCCAGUGCUGCCAGUAUUCUCGACCACAUGUAGUCGGAUAUCUUUUCGAUCCGCUUGUACAUAUUAAGUUUAUAGAUUUACAUGUUCGCAAGCUUCCUAUUAA